AUGGACACUGCAAAUUCCACCAAUUGUGACCUGCUCGUUACCACUGCGGAGUGUACUGAUAACGCGACCAACAGAUCAGUACGAAUAGUAAAUAUACUAGAAAAAGGGUCUAUUCCAGAGCCAUGCAAAGAUGAUAGGAAGCAUGUUAAGAAGAAGCGUCUUCCAAUCGGAGAGAUUGCCACAGAUCCUUUAUCAUAUCUUGGACCGUGGUCAGGCUUUCAAGGCGAAAAUAUUGGCCCUUCAAAGGCAACUCCACAAGAAAUCGCCGAACACGCAGAAAAAGUGGCCAAAAUCUCAAUGCAAACCAGCAUUCGGCCUCUCAGCGGUGUUACUGGGAGAGACAUCGAUUUUGAUGAAGAUCCAGCAGCAUCUUCUAUCAUUGACAGGCUUUCUACCUAUAUCACAAUGGGCAAGGAGUAUUCGCAGUUUCAUGGUGGCUUAUCUCAAAAGGAUUACCUUGGAAGAACUUAUAUGAAUGCUCCCAUCUCCCUUCCAGAUUCAUCUCCCCAAACUUGUUUCCUUCCAAAACGGUGUAUUCAUACAUGGGAAGGGCAUCAAAAAGCUGUCUCCUCCAUUAGGCUACUUCCGGGGACCGGACAUCUUUUGUUGAGCUGUUCAUUUGAUUCCAAAAUCAAGCUUUGGGAGGCGUAUGGGGAUAGGAAAAUUCUACGGACAUUUUAUGGCCACAACAAGGCUGUGAAAGAUGUUGCGUUCAGUGGUUCAAAUGGUGGCCAGAGGUUCGCAUCGUGCUCGUAUGACAAAACUCUGAAAAUCUGGGAUACUGAAUCUGGGAGCUGCGAGUCUGCUUUUUCACUCAAGGGUUAUCCCUAUUGUGUCACUUGGCAUCCUUCUGAUCCAAAUAUCGUGCUAGCAGGCCUUUCUAAUAGGAAAAUAUAUACAUGGGAUAUCAGAAAUAGCAUUGGAGAUCCAAUCCAAGAAUAUACCGGUCACCUGGAGGCUGUUAAUAGCAUUUGCUUUUUGUCGAGGAAAAGAUUCGUGUCCACUGCAGAUGACAAAAGUAUUCGCAUUUGGGACUAUGCUGCCUCUUCAACGGCAACCAAAAUCAUAUCCGAGCCAACCAUGCAUGCAAUGCCUUGCGUCAAGCUCCAUCCUUCAAGGUCUGCGUUUGCUAUCCAAAGCAUGGACAAUCAAAUUCGCACGUGGACUGCAGGUCGUUCGGCACUGUUGAACCCGGAGGACGAUGAUGGCGAAGCUGUUGAAGAAAAAAUGAUCCUCCCUGAUGGAAGCACACACAAGGAUAAAUAUCGGGCAUUGAGCAAAAGCUUUUCGGGCCAUGUGAUAGCCGGGAAUUCAUGUCAAAUAUCAUUCUCGCCAGAUGGCCAAUAUUUGAUGAGCGGCGAUUCAGAUGGAAAGCUCUUUUUCUGGAACUGGAAAUCAGGAAAAAUAGCGAAACAGCUGAAAUGCCACGAUCAAGUCCUGAUCGCUGCAGAGUGGCUUCCAAAAGAGCCAUCAAAGGUUGUCACUUGUUCUUGGGACGGGAAAAUCAAGCUCUGGGAUUAA